AUGGCCAAUAACUCAAAUGGAAUCGGACGUGCUCCCCCGCCUCCACCACCCGCCAACAACGCGGGAAAAUUUCCACCGCCAUUCCCCAAUGGACCGCCACCGCUCUUUGGAGUUAACCUCAAAUCCAACAGAUCUCUCUCAGCCAACCCCAUGGACCCUAACAGCAACUCAAACAACUCCACUGGUGGUGUCACCAAUAAUUCGAGUGGCAUUAAAACACACCCUCAGACAGCCAUCGCCAAGAAGAAUAAAAAGACCGUGAAACUUUUCUGGAAGGAAGUUAGGGAUGAUCCCAUCAUUUUGUCACGUCUUGAUAAAAAUAUCAUGAUAUGGGACGAGUUGAUUCCUGUUGCUAUUGACACUCAGAAACUUGAGCAUCUCUUUGAAAGCCGAGCCAAAGAUCUCAUUACAAAGGAGGAUAAAGAUCUAGUGCACGAGUUUGUGCAAAAUGACGGGCUGGCAUGUCUCAUCAAGGUCGGGAAUGAAGCGGACCAGAAUUACCAGAAUUACAUACUCAGAGCUUUGGGUCAAGUGAUGCUCUACGUAGACGGAAUGAACGGGGUGAUGGAGCACGGUCAAACAGUACAAUGGCUGUACACUCUAAUAGCGAGCCGAUUUCGCCUGGUGGUGAAGACAGCGCUCAAACUGCUCCUCGUCUUUGUAGAGUACGUCGAAACCAAUAGCCUGCUAUUAGUGAGGGCUGUCAGAUCAGUAGACACCUCACGUGGCAUGAUCCCCUGGACCAAUGUUAUGAAGCUCCUCAAGGAUUACGACGCAGCCGACACUGAGCUACUCAUUUACGCGACGACACUCGUCAACAAGUGCCUGAAUGGCAUUCCGGACCAGGAUACUUAUUACGACCAGGUCGACUGUCUAGAGGAGCAGGGGAUCGAGGGCAUUAUCCAGCGCUAUAUGUCCAAGCAGGGCACCGAUCUCGAUCUCCUCAGGCAGUUUCAAAUUUACGAGGCCGUUUUGCACCACGAGGACGGCAAUGACCGCGGCUCGCCCAUCCGACAGCUCGACGAUAAUAUCAGGAAAACAUUGCGAAGCAGAAAAUCACUAGUGGAUUCACAUGAGCGACGUAAAUCACGACGACAUUCAACAGGAACUUCACCACUCUCGAUGUCUCUAAAUUCGCGUUUAAGUCCACGUUUAAAUCACUCGCUAGGGCUGAAUUCACUGAACGGAACAUUUAAUUCCGGCAUACCGACGCCGGUUGACGACGACGACGAAUCGAGCAGUUCCCAGAGUUCACAGGGCCUCGAUGUCCAGCUUAACGGUAGUUACAAAGAAAAUAAAGACGACGCAGGAGUAACACCGGCACUUAGACGGCGACGUGAGCGUGCCGAAAGGCAGAGGAGUUUCAUCCGAGAACAACAGGAAGCGACAGCUAAUAUGAGAGCGUCAAUCGGAAAUUUGGACGGCAGCGAAGCGCCCGCGUACGUAUCGAAUGGGCUAAGAUACACGAACGGGUCUUCAGCUUACGACCGGAACAGCGAUUCCCCCAGCAAUAAAGUACCCCGAGCAAACAGCCGCAAGGAUCUUACACCCUUGAUGAACGCCGCUAACAAGCUUGAUUCCGAGGAAAAGAAACCACCGGCCCAAUCGCCUUCUCCGGUAGUGUGGUACGGGAAAAACCCAGAUGAAACUACCGGUGGUAUCGAAUGCAAUGAGCUGCUCAAUCACACCACCAAUGAGGACGAGGAUCGCCGGGUUCUUGUACAAAUUAAACGCGAGGGUACUGUUAAAGAUCUAACACAAAAGCUCGCUGCACAGAAUUUAAUACCCAGCAGUCCUGUCGAGGAUAAAGUGUCUAGGUACUUUUAUUUCUUAAUUAACAGUUAA